AUGUUGGGUGUCGCGGCGAGGGGCAUCGGGCGGCGCCCUGCAGCAGCAGCAGCAGCAGCAGCAGUAUCGAGGUCUCUUAGCGUUGGGGUACCCAUGACAGCGGUAGCAACAGCAACAGCUACAGCAGCAACAGCAGCAGGAGCCUCUCGUCAGUUUUCGGGUGUUAGGUUUCUGGAUGAGAAGAGGACUGGAGAGGAGACUGUGUACUUCAAGAAAGAAGACGAGGCGUUGCUGCGUCGUUUGUUAGCAAAGCAUCCGGAGGCAGAUCCCAAGUUUCAGUCGAGUGGGGGGAGUGCGUCUUUGGAGUCUCUGCAGAGUUCCUUAUCUCUCUGUGUCUCUAAGCACUUCAAGCAGCAGGCCCCAAAGGCUUUCCUUGAUGAGCUGACGACCAUCUUCGCUAGCCACGGCUGGCAACCGCCGGAAGAUCUCAAGGGCCACCUUCUCCGCUCCAUGCAGACAAAACCCCGCGGCGCCAGCUAG